GCUCCCACGCAUUUAACUUGACGUUUUAGGAACAAGAAAUGCUCCAGUUUAACAGUUCAAAGUUUAUUUUUCGCCAUUCGUCGUGAUUUAGUAAUUAAGAGCGCCCCAUAUCGUUACGACCACCAAAAAUGGCGAACUUGUCCCAAAAACUAACAAGGUUGCUCAGAGGGCAACUUAACCUCAAACUGCAGCGUUUUAACAGCACCGGUUGUAAACUAAUAUACUGUGAACAUGGAGACCCCGUGAAGGUAAUCCGCAAAGAAACAGAAACCAUUCCAGACCCAGCAAAAGAUGAAGUUUUAAUCAAAAUGUUGGCAGCCCCUGUGAACCCCGCCGAUAUCAAUACCAUCCAAGGGAAGUACCCAGUGCGCCCCCCGUUACCCGCAGUGGCCGGCAACGAAGGCGUCGGCGAAGUAGUCAGUGUAGGCUCCGGAGUCACCGACUUCCAACAAGGCGACCGCGUCGUCCCCCUCGUCAGCGCCUUAGGAACCUGGCGAACCCACUGCAUCCUCCCCAAAAACAACCUCUUAAAAGUCCCCAAAAAACUAGGUCUCGUUGAAGCCGCCACCCUGAGCGUGAACCCCUGCACCGCCUACCGCAUGCUCCGGGACUUCGUCGACCUCAAACCCGGAGACACCGUCAUCCAAAACGGCGCCAAUUCAGCGUGUGGCCAAAACGUGAUCCAAAUCUGCAGAGCGUGGGGGCUGCGGAGCGUCAACGUAAUCCGGGACCGGGCUGGAGUGAACGAGUUGCGCUGCUUUUUGAAGGACCUGGGGGCGACGCAUGUUCUCACUGAGGAAGAGUUGCGGAAAACGCAGAUUUUUAAGAACGGGGAACUGGAUAAGCCAAAGUUGGCUUUGAAUUGCGUCGGGGGGCAGAACGCGUUGGAGGUGAUGCGGCACUUGCAGAAGGGGGGCACGAUGGUAACGUAUGGGGGCAUGUCGCGGGAGCCGGUGACGGCGCCCACGUCGGCGCUCAUUUUCAAGGAUGUGAGGAUCAGGGGGUUUUGGAUGACGGAGUGGUCGAAGCAGAAUGCGGAUAGUAUCGAUAGGUUUGAGAUGCUGGAGGAGCUGAUUUCGAUGAUGACGAGUAAUGAGCUGCAGGGGCCGGCGUUUAAGAUGGUUAAUUUUGAGCAGUAUAAGGAGGCGUUGAUGAAUACGAUGACGAUUAAAGGGAUGAUUGGGAAGAAGUACAUUCUCGAGUUUAGUUAAUUUAAGUGGAUUUUUCUUGUUUGUAGUUUGUAAGUUGUGUUAAGGUGAAAAUUGUUAAUAAAAUAGUUGUUUUGUAUGAAA